AUGUUUUGCUCGCAAGGUGCGAGGGCCGGCUCUGUCUGGAUGUGGGUACGCAGACACCUGAUCCCUGUAGCUCCCCGUGAGUUCAAACACCCGAUCCCUGCAGCUCCCCGUGAGCUCAAACACCCGAUCCCUGUAGCUCCCCGUGAGUUCAAACCCCCGAUCCCUGUAGCUCCCCGUGAGUUCAAACCCCCGAUCCCUGUAGCUCCCCGUGAGUUCAAACACCCGAUCCCUGUAGCUCCCCGUGAGUUCAAACACCCGAUCCCUGUAGCUCCCCGUGAGUUCAAACCCCCGAUCCCUGCAGCUCCCCGUGAGUUCAAACCCCCGAUCCCUGUAGCUCCCCGUGAGUUCAAACACCCGAUCCCUGCAGCUCCCCGUGAGUUCAAACCCCCGAUCCCUGCAGCUCCUCGUGAGUUCAAACCCCCUAUCCCUGUAGCUCCUCGUGAGUUCAAACCCCCUAUCCCUGUAGCUCCCCGUGAGUUCAAACCCCCGAUCCCUGUAGCUCCCCGUGAGUUCAAACCCCCGAUCCCUGCAGCUCCUCGUGAGUUCAAACCCCCAAUCCCUGCAGCUCCUCAUGAGUUCAAACCCCCGAUCCCUGCAGCUCCUCAUGAGUUCAAACCCCCGAUCCCUGCAGCUCCUCAUGAGUUCAUACCCCCGAUCCCUGCAGCUCCUCAUGAGUUCAAACCCCCGAUCCCUGCAGCUUCUCAUGAGUUCAGAUUUUUUUGUUGCCCAUCCCUGUGGUAG